AUGUUUCAACACCUUCUCAAGCCCGUCUCCUUCCUCUACUGGCUGCCAGUCGGUAUUGCUGUCAACGAGUAUGUAUAUACCCUCAAGACGGUCAAGGGCAGAAGUAUGCAGCCAACACUUAAUCCUGAUGAUUCAUUCUCCAACGAUGUACUUCUCUUUGACCGAUACUCGAUACGUGCAGGAAAGCCCGUAAACAGAGGGGAUAUAGUUGCUCUCAAGGAUCCGAUUGGAGGCAGCAAGGUGAUAGUGAAGCGAAUCAUUGCAAUUGAAGGCGACACAGUUCAAACACUACCCCCUUAUCCUGAUGCCGAAGUAGUUCUUCCCAAAGGCCACGUGUGGGUGGAGGGUGACGAACCAUUUCAUACUUUGGAUAGCAACAAGUUUGGAUCCGUGCCAGUGUCAUUGAUAGAGUCUCGAUUAACUAGUAUCAUAUGGCCAUUGCACCGCUUUGGACUGGUGCAAUCACAAAUUGACAAGCCUCUUCGGUCGACUUUCACGAAACACUCAGAUUGGUACUGUGCCAUGGCUGCCUUCGAACGGGAACGCAAAAGGCAGGAUAGAAUCUCUGAAGCUUGCAAAUGA